AUGGUGGCUCUGCCGGGCCUUGGGAGUGGCCUGCAGCCCUGGUGCCCGUUGGAUCUCAACCCUGAAUGGGUGGACACAGUGUGGGAACUGGAUUUUACAGAGACCGAACCUUUGGAUCCCAGCAUAGAAGCAGAAAUCAUAGAGUCUGGAUUGAAUGCAUUUAUAAAACUAUAUGAAAGUGUUUUUCCCUUUGCUACUGAAGAACAUGGAUCUACAGAGAGCAUAUGGACCUUCUUCGUUGAAAACAGUAUUUCUCACAGGGCACUGGUGGCAUUGUUCUAUCACUUUGUUCAAACAGUCCAUAAGAAAAGUGUCAGUGUGCAAUAUCGACAGUAUGGCCUUCAUGCUGCUGGGCUUUAUUUUCUGCUGCUGGAAGUACCAGGCAGUGUAGCCAAUCAAGUAUUCCACCAGGUGAUGUUUGACAAAUGUAUUCAGAUUCUAAAGAAGAGUUGGCCUCAGGAAUCUAACUUGAAUCGGAAAAGAAAGAAAGAACAGCCUAAGAACACUGAGGCUAAUCCAAGAGGAAAUAGGAAAAGAGGAAAGCCACCCAGGAAAGAAGAUAUUGAGGUGGAUGAACUAGAAGAACAGGAAGAUGAGGAAAGUAUUUGCUUUUCUGCCCGAGACCUUUGUCAAAUUCGAAAUGCCAUCUUUCACCUACUGAAGAAUUUUUUACGGCUUCUGUCCAAGUUUUCCCUGAAAGAAAAGCCACAGUGUAUACAGAAUUGUAUAGAAGUCUUUGUUGCAUUAACUAAUUUUGAACCAGUUCUUCAUGAAUUUCAUGUUACACAGGCCAGAAGCCUUAACCAAGCAAAGUACAUACCAGAACUGGCCUAUCAUGGAUUGUAUUUGCUAUGCUCCCCAAUUCAUGGAGAGGGAGAUAAGGUUAUAGGUUGUGUUUUCCAUCAAAUGCUAAAUGUGAUAUUAAUGGUAGAAGCAGGCGAAGGAGCCCAUCGUGCUCCCCUUACUGUUACAUCACCAGUGAUCAACAGUAGAAACCAGGCAGUGCAGUUCAUCAGCUCACUUGUGGAUGAACUAAAGGAGAAUAUAUUCCCAGUCCUUCGUAUCUUACUCCAGCACAUCUGUGCCAAGGUGAUUGACAAAUCAGAGUACCGGACCUAUGCAGCCCAGUCCCUGGUCCAGCUGCUCAGCAAACUUCCCAGUAGGGAAUAUGCUACAUUCAUUGCUUGGCUUUACAGAUAUUCACGAAGUUCCAAGAUCCCACACAGGGUUUUUACUCUGGAUGUUGUCUUAGCUCUGUUGGAACUGCCUGAAAGAGCGGUAGAUAACACUCUCUCCUUGGAGCAUCAGAAGAUCAUAAAGCAUAAGUUCUUGGUGCAGGAAAUUAUAUUUGACCGUUGUGUAGACAAAGCACCAACUGUCCGCAGCAAGGCACUGUCCAGUUUUGCACACUGCCUGGAGGUGUCUGUUACCACUGCAUCAGAGAGCAUCCUGGAAUUUCUGAUUAACAGUCCUGCAGUUUCAAGAGCAGACAGCCACCCUGGUACCUUACUGAGAAAUUCAGCAGCUUUUCCCUAUCAGAGGCAAACACUUAACCCUUCUGGAGGCUCAGGAGUGAUCAGUAUAGACAACAGUGGUGAAACUGAUGGAUCUGGGGUGAGAUGUGUCAUGGGAAUGCUGAAAAAGAGAAUCAGGGAUGAGAAGACCAAUGUCCGGAAGUCUGCACUCCAGGUAUUAGUGAGUAUUUUGAAACACUGUGACAUCUUGGGUAUGAAAGAAGAGCUAUUGCUUCUGCAGGACCAGUGUCGGGACCCUGCAGUGUCUGUCCGAAAGCAGGCCUUACAGUCUCUUACUGAACUUCUCAUGGCCCAGCCUGGAUGUGUCCAGAUACAGAAAGCCUGGCUAACAGGGAUCAUUCCAGCUGUGAUGGACUGUGAGAGCACUGUGCAGGAAAAGGCUCUGGAAUGCCUUGACCAGCUCCUGUUGCAGAACAUUAAGCAUUAUAAUAAAUUCCAUACUGGAGACAACAGCCAGGUACUGGCUUGGGCACUUCUUACUCUCCUUAGUACAGAAAACCAGGAACUGAGCCGCUAUUUAAAUAAGGCUUUUCAUAUCUGGUCCAAGAAAGAGAAAUUCUCAUCGAGUUUUAUAAACAAUGUGAUAUCCUACACUGGCACAGAACAUUCUGCACCAGCCUGGAUGCUGCUUUCCAAGAUUGCUUGCUCAUCACCCAAGCUGGACUAUACCAAAAUAAUAGAGUCCUGGGAGAAAAUCAGCAGUCAACAGAAUCCCAAUCCAAACACCUUAGGACAUAUUUUAUGUGUUAUUGGGCAUAUCGCAAAGCAUCUUCCUAAGAGCACGCGGGACAAGGUGACUGAUGUGGUCAAGUGUAAGCUGAAUGGAUUCCAGUGGUCUCUAGAGUUGAUCAGCUCAGCUGUUGAUACUUUGCAAAGACUCUGUAGAGCAUCUGCAGAGACACCAAUGGAGGAACAGGAAUUACUGAAGCGGGUGUGUGGGGAUGUCCUCUCCACCUGUGUGCAGUCUCUGUCCAACAUAGUUCUGAAGGAAAGUGGCCCUGGGAAUGUGGAUGAAGACCUGUUCGUGAAGUACAUUUUUACCUUGGGAGAUAUAGCCCAGCUUUGUCCAGCCAGAGUGGAGAAGCGAGCCUUCCUUCUGAUUCAGUCCAUCCUCGCUUCUUCUGUUGAUGUGGAUCAUUCAGCAUCACCUCCAGGUUGCAGUGAAGCCCCAGCGUUUCAGCCACUUUCCCAGGUCAGAGGCUCUGUCAUGCCUUCCGUGAUCAGAGCACAUGCCAUCAUUACCUUGGGUAAGUUGUGCUUACAGCAUGAGGAUCUUGCAAAGAAGAGCAUCCCAGCUCUUGUGCGAGAGCUGGAGGUGUGUGAUGAUGUGGCCGUUCGCAACAAUGUUGUCAUUGUGAUGUGUGACCUUUGUAUCCGGUACACCGUCAUGGUGGACAAGUACAUUCCCAAUAUCUCCAUGUGUCUGAAGGAUUCAAAUCCAUUCAUCCGAAAGCAGACACUCAUCUUGCUUACCAAUCUCUUGCAGGAAGAAUUUGUGAAAUGGAAGGGCUCUCUGUUCUUUCGAUUUGUUAGCACUCUGAUAGAUUCACACCCGGACAUCGCCAGUUUUGGGGAGUUUUGCCUGGCUCACCUGUUACUGAAGAGGAAUCCUGUCAUGUUCUUCCAGCAUUUCAUUGAGUGUAUCUUCCACUUCAAUAACUAUGAGAAGCAUGAGAAGUAUAACAAAUUCCCCCAGUCAGAGAGAGAGAAGCGGCUGUUUUCACUGAAGGGGAAGACAAACAAGCAGAAACGAAUGAAAAUCUACAAGUUUCUUCUGGAGCACUUCACAGAUGAACAGCGAUUCAAUAUCACUUCUAAAAUCUGCCUUAGUAUUUUGGCAUGCUUUGCUGACGGCAUCCUGCCACUGGACAUGGAAGCCAGUGAGUUGCUCUCAGAUACAUUUGAGGUCCUCAGCUCAAAGGAGAUCAAGCUUUUGGCCAUGAGAUCUAAAGCAGAUAAGGACCUGCUUAUGGAAGAAGAUGACACAGCUUUGGCCAAUGCAGUCAUGCAGGAAGCUCAGAAGAGGCUCAUCUCACAAGUUCAGAAGAAGAAUUUCAUAGAAAAUAUUAUUCCAAUUAUCAUCUCCCUGAAGACUGUGCUAGAGAGAAAUAAGAUCCCAGCUUUGCGGGAACUCAUGACCUAUCUCAGGGAGGUGAUGCAGGAUUACCGCGAUGAAAUCAAGGACUUCUUUGCAUUAGACAAGCAGCUGGCGUCGGAGCUCGAGUACGACAUGAAGAAGUACAACGAACAGCUAGCCCAGGAGCAGGAGCUGGCGAGACUGGCAGACGUGAGUGGGGCGGCUUACAGGGCCGGCAGGUGCACAGAGAGCAGGUGCGGGGUUGCUCCAAGUUUCGAAGGAAUGCCAGCUCUGGCUGGCCAAGAAGGUGCUGCUGUGCCCGCUGCUGCAAGCCAGCCCUCAACACCCAGGGCUAUUGCUGGCCAGGCACCGCCUCUGCCUUCUACCCUAGAGACAGGGCUGUUGAAGACACUUAUGCCCAAAGGCAGGCGCAUGUCCCUGAGCACCAUCGCAAUCCUGAAUUCUGUCAAGAAGGCUGUGGAGUCCAACAGCAGUCACCGGAGUCGGAGUACAGGAGGGUUGUCAUUCCCUUUGAGUUCUCAAAGCCUGGACAAAGUGUGCCAUCGUGCAACUUCCUACAGCCUGGAGCAGGAGUCCAGCGGAGCUGUUGACCAUGUAACGAAACGAGCGAUCAGCACCCCUGAGAGGACCAUCAAUGAUGUCACAUUUGGAGCAGGAGUCAGCUACAUAGUUACACCACGGACGCCUUCUUCAAUCAAAGAGAAAAUUGAAACCCAGUGUCAAGGAAAUGACAUUUUAUGUUUAUCACUUCCUGAUAAACCGGCCCCGCAGCCUCAGCAGUGGAACGUGAAGUCCCCAGCCAGAAAUAAAGAUAACCCGGCCCCCAGCAGGAGGUCACUCCGAAAGACCCCACUGAAAACAGCCAACUGA